UUUGAUAAUACAGAGUCUGUGACGAAAUGUGAGCCAUGUGGGCCAUCUCUCACCAAGGCUGAGUGGCAAGAGAAACUGACUCCAGAGCAGUUCCAUGUCACAAGAGAAAAAGGAACUGAACCGCCUUUCAGUGGGAUCUACCUGGACAACAAGGAGUCAGGAAUGUAUCACUGUGUGUGCUGUGAUAGUCCACUCUUCAGCUCUGAGAAGAAGUUCUGCUCUGGCACCGGAUGGCCUUCAUUUUCUGAGGCUCAUGGCACCUUGGACUCUGAUGAAAGUAACAGUGGAAUCCUGAGACGUCUAGACACCUCCUCAGGGAAAACUCGCACAGAGGUGGUCUGCAAGCAGUGUGAAGCUCAUCUUGGCCAUGUGUUUCCUGAUGGACCUGCACCCACAGGACAGAGAUUUUGCAUCAACAGUGUGGCCCUGAAGUUCAAGCCAAGCGAUCACUGACAUCUCUAAGAGUCCUCUGCUUGGCUACUCUUCCAUGUAUAUCCUUGAUUUUCAUAAUUCAGGUGGAUAGCUUAUUUUAUUUACUAUAAAUUAGACUAAGUUUGCUGGUUGCCCAAAGGGAGUCACAGCUUCUCUUACUCACCUGGCAUCAACUCAAACCUGACUCAAGCUUGGACUUUGGAAUUUAACAAAAUGACAGAGGGGCAGCCAUUUCCACCAGUUGACUUCCAUAGGCUUUGGAUGGGACCUCAGAGCAGGACUCUUGGGGGAUGUCAGGAGGCUUAUGGAUUUGGAGCCAAAAAGUUCUUUCAUGAUGACCCUGAACUUGCCAUUGCAGUGAAGUCCUUCAUGAGACAUGUAUAGGUGAAGGAUCAAGUGAAAAGAGGAAGGAAAAUAUGGGAUCAGAGGAAUGGAAAUGCCAGCACUGAAGAAAGAACUGGGUUGAGGAGGAGCUGUGCUUUGAUGGUACAUGUUGAUGAAUGAGCUGUUUAAUUUUCUUUCAGAAUUUUGAGUAUCUCAAACUUCUCCCAAUCUCACUACCCUCAAAUCAGUUCCAAUGUGAGUUUCUUAGAUUUCGGUGAUUAUGAAGAAUGUUCACCUUUAUACCUUCUGGCUACAAAGUUCAACCUUAAAUGUUCAAAUAAAAUAUUUACUGAUACUGA